CUCGUUGGCAAGCCGGGGUGUAGCAAGUCUCUUUCAAUGCAGAUUAUUCGCAGUAACUUGCGGGGAGGAGACAGUCCCAUCGUUUACUUCAAGAAACUACCACAGGUUAUUGUAGUUUCUUAUCAAGGAUCGGAAUCCUCUACGUCAGAAGGAAUAAACAUGAUAUUUAAGAAAGCAGAAUCUCUUGUUCACACCAACUCGAUUCCAGUUGUUCUACUAGAUGAAGUUGGUUUAGCUGAGUUAUCCAAGUCCAAGCCUUUGAAAGUUUUGCACAGCAGACUCGAAGCACACACGAAAGACGGUCGCAUAGAUGGAAUAAACGAGCAGAAACUGAAUGUAGGAGUAGUCGGUAUUUCCAACUGGGAACUAGAUGCUUCGAAGAUGAACCGUGCUAUUCAGUUGUCUCGUCCUGAACCUGACUUAGACGAUCUCACUAAAACUGGUUUAGAAAUUAGUAAAGAAUUGACUGGAAAAACUGCUGCAGUUCCUAGGCAAUACAUUAGUCAACUUGCCACAGGAUACGCCGAUUACAUGAAAAGUCAACAGUUCGUCAACUUCCACGGUCUUCGCGAUUACUACUGUUUAGUAAAACAGACCAGCGGGGCUUAUGCAAGUCAAUCGACCACGAGUGAUAGAAGGCUUCGAAAGCUAAAAGCAAUUUUUAGAAAUUUUGGUGGCUUGGAAACGACAUCGAAUGUUGAUCCUUGUCAAAUCAUUGGGAAAACUUGUCAGGUCGACUUUCCUGAAAUACCAGCUGCACUUGAUUUGAUCAAAGAGAACUUGGAAGACUUGUCUGCUAGACAUCUUCUACUCAUUUCAAACGGAGACUCUGCUAUUGAUCUCUUACAAUAUACCCUAGAAGGGACAGGCUUUGAACCGGUUGUUAUUUACGGAAGCAAGUUUGACUAUGACACCGACGAGCAAUCGGAACAGUACAAUUACAGAAUAUUGAGCAGAAUUAUAUUAUACAUGGAAACAGGAAAAACUCUGGUGUUGAAAGAUCUAGAAAGCAUUUACGGUAGUUUAUAUGAUCUGCUUAAUCAAAGCUACACAGAAGUCAUGGGGAAAAAGAAUUGUCGCAUUGCUCACGGACCAUAUUCUAGUCCUCUUUGUCCUGUUCACGAUCAUUUUCGUUGCAUCGUGUUACAAGAUAUAGCUGACGUCGCAAAGGCGGAUCCACCAUUUCUUAAUCGGUUUGAAAAGCAGCUUUUGAGGUUUGACGAUGUCCUAAACGACCAUCAAGUUAUUCUCGUCAAGCGAAUGCAAGAAUAUCUUAUCAUGUCGGUAAACUACAAAUACAGUUCUGAAUCUAAAUCUAGUAAGACGAAUUCAACAGAGUUUACUAUUCAAGACGCUAUUGCUGGCAUGCAUUGUGAUCUACUUCCGUCCUUGGUUUAUAAGCUAACCGGAAAAAAAUCUCAAAUGGAAAUUGGAUUCUCUUUCGCAACUGAUAAAAUCAUUGUGUAUUGUCUAAAAUCACUUCUUCGAAUUUCUACAAUGGAUUUCGCUUUGAGACUGAGCAUGUCAAAACUAGGCGAAGAACACGGAGAAUGGUUAGACGAUCUUCAACAUGAAUAUUUUGAAAUGCCUCAACUUAGUGGACUAAAAGCUUGCAUUAACAAUCGCUGUUGUGAUCAACCGCUGAGUGCAAUUAUUAUGACAUACUCAAACGUCCACACAAACAUUGAAGCCAUCAUUGAUCCACUAAAGCCACUAGUUGUUCGUCUAAGUUCCGUAAAGUCAGAAGAGCAGUUUUUAGAAUUGAUUAGACCAUUUUGGAAUUCCACGGCCCACGUAUUGGCUGUCCAGUGUAUUCCUGGCGCAGACAGCAAUCAUGUGUUGUAUGCGAAGUUUGUCCUUGAUCAAAUGAGAAAAGAAAGACUUCGCAUGUCUAACGUACCAAACAUCAGCGCAAAGCACAUCUGCAUUAUUAUGCACGUUGAUAGAAACAUUAUGGAAAAUCUUGAUCCUAAUAGUACCAACUACGUGGACUCAUUCUCUCGGCGCCCUGAUAAGUGGCAGUUCAACUUUCUUUGUGGUUGGGAUUUGAUAUUUAUUGAUCAAUUAGAACAACCGAACUUUUGUGCUAAAGCUGCGUUAUCUAAGAGUAUUCCGGAACUGUAUGCUGAAAAUUUGGUAGAUUCACGCAAGAUAGCAAAAGAAAAUCUUGGCUGGUGCUUAUGGUGCAUGAGAUGGCCUAAAAACUGUUCUUUCAAGGAUGUGCAACAAGUUCAGAACAAAAUUUUGUCUUCCGAAAUCAUGAUGAACAAGAUUCGCAUCUUUGUUUGUAAUUAUCUGACAACUGAAAUUAUUUCUAAUGACACACAGUGGUUGGUCAAGCUGGCAUUUAACAAGCAGCAACUGGCGCUUUACGGAAGUCUUCAAAGAGCAGCCGAAACAUACGUCGUGGAACAGUUUCGCAAUGCAAUGGCAAAGUUUCUGUACGUUGUUUUAAAAGAAUGUCUUUUAGAUACUCUCCUAAAUUGGUUUGAUGAAGCAACUCACGACAAUGCAGAGUCACACAAGGUUUUUGAAAGGCUACUAGAAAAGAUGAUCUCUUCGCAAAUGAGAAAGCUUCCCAAUCCUUCUGGAAUCGAGUGUUAUAGUUUAUCUAUGAUGCCAUUGUGUCUUAAGUUUCCAUUUAGUUUCAUUCUCUACAAGAAGAUGAGAGACAAUAUUUUUAGUGUCAUUGAUGAUAAUGAUUCUGAUGAUACACAAGAUCCAACAUUUGCUGCAAAGGAAGUCCAAAAGACAGUUUUCUCAGAAGUAGUUGCUGCAUACGUAAGACCUGCAUGGCAACACUACGAAGAUGACUUUUAUACAAUAUGCAGUUAUGAACUUGGAUUGUCACCCGACUCUUUGCGGUGGGUUUAUGGCAAGUUGUUACAUUUACCAACUAUUGGUACAAAGAGCAAAGUAGCCGACUUGGAGCGUCUGAUACAACCAGCAGAUCUUCACUGGCUUCUUGAGAAUCAAGAAACUACUAUUCGAGGAUUGACUGCGCUAUACAAAGCAAGUCUGGUGCUGAACAUAAAUGAGUUCAGUGAAUGCUCAACAGGAGUUGAAAAAAUGGUAGAAAUAGUUUGCAAAAACCUUGUGUGUAUGGACAAAUCUGUUGUCAAAUGUGGUUGCUUAGUAAAUUGGGACAACUUAGCAAGAUAUGUCUUGUCUGUAAUUUACGAAAUGGACGACAUUGCUGUUUCCUCUGAAGUCUUGGCUCUGAUUAUAUUGUCAGAAUUUGUGUCAUCUGUUGCGAUUCCGUUUCACGUUGCGAAUGAUACGGUCUUUAUGCUGGCAAAUACUGUACAAUUAGCUCUGCCCGAUGAAUUACAUUCUACGAAUUUUAUUCAGCAGCUUCAAAUAGUUCUACUAGACAGUGAAGUAUAUGGAAGAGCAUCUGAAUCCGAUGCCAAGACGGCUGUUGCAGGAUUUCUCAAUAAUGCGUUGUUUCGUCUUCUCGAUGACAAUAAUUACAGAGUUAUAUUGUUGGCAUUGGCAAACUCCUACACUUCUCCUGGAGCUGCUUUACUUUUAAGUCAGUGUAUGGAGGUGUACGUUGCUGAGAAAAAACUAGAUUUAACCAGUCUUCUAACUAACGACGCUAUUAAUAUUGUAAAGCAGAAUUCUUUUUUUCAAGCUCUAGACGAUUGCAUCAAGUCUACAGCAGUAAAGAAUGAUGUUUCUAGUACAGAAAUUGCUGCACAGCAACCACUGACAACGGGUACUGUUAAUGAAGCCAAAACCGUUUAUCUCUUGGAUGGCUGGUUUUCAGUAUUGUGCUGCAGCAUAUUUGAGAACAAAUUUUAUAGGUCUUUGGUAGAAAGCAUUAAUACAGAUAAAAUGAGUAGCCUGCUGCGACAUGCCGGAGGAAUAAUCGCCAAUCCAGCUCCUACCGUUACCUUUGUCAACGCGAUUGCUGUCAUCCGCGCAAUCUUGAGUCGCUGUGGUCAUCUCCUUGCUGAUGAAAUGCAAAAUCCGGGUCUAUCUCACAAACAUUUGAUAGAGACUACAAACAAACUUCUUGAGCAAUCUGAUGAACUGGGCCUUCACGAAGAAAUGCGGUAUCUAAUGCUAAGACCGGCCAGAAGAUGCGUUGCCCUCAAUAACAUAGCUGAAAAAUUGUCUGUUGAAAGUAAAUACUCGGAAUCGUACUCAUGGACGCGACAAGUCGACUUGAGAGAUGUUCCGUUUGAUGAGCCUUGCGGAUUCAAUCCAUUCAGCUAUUUGCACAGUUACUGGCAUGUCGACGGAGUAAUGAAAGCGGCUAUCAGACGAGGAGCCCGAGAGGAGUUUAGAAAACUUUUGGUUGAAUCCACGAAGUCCGCUGAAUUAUUUCGUUCUGUUACUGCAAAUAUCGCUAGCUAUUUGACACUUCAAGGUAGCAAGUCACGUUUGAGUAGCGAAGAGAAUAGUUUUAUCGAUUGGCUAACGCAGCCUGACGCUGGCAGCAACAUGUUACUCUCAACUGUUGUUCGCUCUCUUUUGUCUCCUUAUCCGUUUUCGCCGUUUUAUAGCGAACAUAUAGAUGGGCAACAAAAUGUUGUUUACAGGACGUCUGUCAUGGUACGAUUACUAGUUUUACUGUUGCCUAAGCCCGACAGACAGUUGCCUUUCUAUACCUAUUUGACAGAUUUGGUUGCUGCCCAAAAGCAAUUUGUGAUCACUUGUUAUCGAGAAGCGCAAAUAUCACUUACCAGUAGGCAAGGUUCAGGAGGCAUUUCUGACGCUGUUACAGCAUUUUGCGUUUGUCAAUAUAGAACGAUGUCUUACAGUAGCGGAUUUGCUGCAAGGUGUAGCAAAUGUCCAUUGCCGUCAUGUGGCAAGAAACUACCGAACAAUGUAUGCGGUGAUUGCCCUACUGUGCAGCAAAAAAUUGUUAAUUACGAAGCUGGCUAUUCUAGUGUAAUUAGUUGGGAUCAGGACAGCUUACAAUUUACGAGUCCGGUAUCGUUCUUUGUAUUGCGGUGUCUACUUCACAUGACCGUCAUGGUGGGGCUGUCGGCCAAAUUUUAUGACAGGGAAGCUGCUUCAAUCUUUCUAUUUAAAAAUGGUAAUGUUCCGCUUGAAGAAAUAUUGCGAUUCCUAGAUAGUACAGUUGAAACGGAUUGGCAAACUUUGAGAACAGCUUUAGCAAUUACAGACGAAAAUCUCGCUCUUCUAUUUCAUUCGAUUUUACAGAAACUUGAAAUGUGCAAAAUGACUGAGCUCCGCGUCUCGCGAUUGACUUCGCCAAAGGCCAGAGCCCGUUGGGAAAAACAUUUUGCACAGCUUAUUCAGCCGUUACUGAAAAAUGUAAAGAGAACGGUAAAAGAGCACCGUCGAUCUCUUAACAUCUCUGCCCAAAAGUUUCACACUCCUGCACAAGAAGCUGUCGAAGAGUCUUCUGUUCCACUCUUACGGAAAUGCGGUAAUCUGCGGUGUGGAAAAAAUUUUUUCAGACACUGCGCUUCUCCUUCCAUUGAUGACAUGUACGCCACGUUAACCGCAAACGACCGGUUGAAGAAAAAACAUGCUUUUCUUUGGCUGGUAAUCUGUUCGGCUCCUUACCUAAAACUCAUUAAACUGAUGAGACCAUUGCUAGCUUGGGUUAAUGAGGUUUACAAAGUGAGUUCGUUUCAGUUGUCUCGACGAAACGCUAUGAAACUUCCACAAAAUUUUAUUAAAGUGUUUUAUGAACAUGAGUCAGAUCAAGCAAACAUUCGCACAAAGUUCGAAGACUUCUGCUCGGCAUGGAGAGCAGUAGCAAAGCUAGAACUAAUUCCUGUCGAGGGUUUUCCGCUAGAUCAAAAUCUAUCAGAGAUCAAUCCUGGAAGAGAAAUAGGCUACAGCUGUCUGGGAACUUCCGGCAAUGGCUGCUAUUUGUUUACAAUUUUGUCAUUCUUAGUUGAUAUUCAAAAUCGUUUUCUAUCUGAGGUAGAGACAUUACUCGAGACAACCCCCGAGUGCACAUCGUUGACAUAUCUUCGUUGUCACCACACCUCUAUUGGACAUGUGUUUCCGCGUGUCGCGCUUCAGAAAUGCAAUCCUUUAUCAGCACCCGACAUACUCGAAUUUGAAUGGCCCGAACACCUUCUUUAUAGGUCUACCAUCUGCUGCGAGUAUGGCAAAGGCGACGAAGUAGAUUACGACUUCUUUUCCAUUGAAAAGAAUCUGGUCACAAGUUUGCAACUUACCGGAAAAUCGUAUUUGUGCUUUGAUGGCGACAGCAUAGAACCAUUUCCUUACGCAGGAGAAUUGUGUCGAAAUUUUUCUCGAAUACUUGCGGAAGUCGAAGAAAAGUCUAGUGAACAAAUCGAGCUUUCACAGGAACUUACAGAAACAAUAAAACUAACUGUCGAUCCCUCAACAUACGGAAAAAUUCUCGCUUCGCUUGAACUUUUGUUCUGUCAUGUAAAAAGAGCUGAAAGCGUUGAUAAAAAUGAUACUCUUCAAUAUUACUUUCAGUUUUGGUUGAAAGAUCAUACUCCUCAGGCAUUGCUUGUCAAUGAGCAAACCAAGAAACAGGUUUGCGUAAAGCACGUUAUUAACGUUUAUCUGCUAAUCGAAGAGCUGCAAGCAGACAACGUUCUCUCUUCUCUACCGACUGAGUUCACAAAACCACUUCAAGAUUCUAGCAAAGUACAAAUCAGAAAACUUGGUAAUUACAAGUCUGCCUUCCUAAGUGCUCUUCGACGGUUUAUGUUUCGAAAUUUAAUGGAACCCGAUGGGUCGAUUGAGCCGACGGAACCACUGCUACAAUACUUUCAUCAACUAGAAUGGGCGAAAUCGUUUAAGGAAGUGAGUACUGUAAAGUCUCUUUUCUCAGAUGACAUUUUACUUGAGAACGCACUCGAUCUAUAUCGGCUGCUGAAACAACUCAUCGAGGACGAACGAUCAAGUACAACUGCGAGACUAUCACGCGACCAUCGACGAAAGAGAGACAAGACAUCACGUGGCAAACUCUUCUAGUAUACUCUAUGUGUUUCUUUAUGUUGCUGUUGUUUUUGCUGACAGUUUGCAUGUUGCUGCUGCACUAGUAGGUUUGCUUUUUAAUAGUUGCCUGUGAUCAUUAAUCUUUGCGUAGGCAUGGCGUUGGAAAGCAUUUUAGGCUAGUUAGUUAUAUGGUGCUAUUGUCGCAUUAUUUGCUCUUGCGUUGUUCAUGAGAAGGUACGCAA